CCCUCCGACGGCCUCCAGUCGACAGCCGGACAGACCCGGAGGAGACACCAGCGGCGCCAUGGUCCGCGUGGAAGUCGUCGUGGCCGCAGUGCUGGCGCGUCUGGCGAUUUGCGAUUGCCAAGAUAGUGGCAGCUCGGACGACAACGACGAUGACAUCGCGUGCUUGCCCAAACUAGCUGACAGGUGUUUCUCGGAUCUGUACACCGACAUAUCACAAUAUUUGACGGAUAGGUCUGCGAGCCCAGCAGAGCUGUGUAGUGCUGCCAACGACGGACUCCAGUGUGCGUCGACAAUCAUAGAUGGCGACUGUAACGCUAAAGACGGCAGAGGCAACUUCGACAUGUGGAUGAGUGGCUUGAAUGCAGUCUACGAUAACUUCUGCCAAGAACCUUACGAGUCUUUGAGAUCUUUGACGGAGGACACAAGCUGUUGGAACCUUCAGAAAUUUGUGAACUGUGUCGAAGAGGAAACAAAAUUAACACAUAUCAUUGAUCUUCUACAGCACCAACUGGAUAUAAAUUCUUGCAACUCGCUGCUGGUGUCGAUGGCAGCGUGCAACGCGCGGGCGACAAGCACGACUGUGACGUGCCGGCCGCACGAGCGCGCUGUUGCCGAGCUGCUGCACACCUUCUUCUCGGCGACGCGCUGCGGCCUGCGCUGCCCGGGCAGCUCCAGCCCGCCGGCAACAUGGCGCCCGGACAUGGGGGCCUUGUUCUUCUCCCACGCGGUUGCCUUCUUCUUCCAUUUUCGCUAGAGCUCUCCACACCCUCUUCUCGGCGACGCGCUAAGGUCUACGCUGCCCAAGCAGCUCCAGCCUGCGAGAUAAUCAAGACCAGUAAAUGUUAAACCUUUCUAAGCAUCAGUUCCUUGGAAGUUACUUUAAAGUGACUACUUAAUGUUGCUGCUAUUUUAAUUAAAUAUUUGAUUUUAAUCAGAUUGAACAUAUAACCUACAUUUUAAAAUAUUUUUUUUCUUAUGUUUAUCACUGCGGUAUUGAUACUUGUAAUUAUUUUUAAUCAUAAUGUAAUUUUAUUAGUAAAAUAUUCUGUUUAUUGAAAUAAAGAAACAAUAUAGGUUGCUUA